AUGUCUUGUCAACCAAAGUCCAACAUUAGAGAGAUCCCGACUAUCAUCAGUGUCGAUCCAUCGAAGCCACCUCUGACAGAGAAGAACAUUCACACUCGAUGGCACCCCGAAAUUCCCCCCAUCGCCACAAUACAGAGUGGAGACAUCUUCAAGGUCGAAUGCAUGGACUUUUGCGGUAACGCCAUUGCCAACGAUGACUGUGCCGAUGACAUUCAAAACUAUAAUUGGCAUCAGGACCAUCACCUAUCCGGGCCCAUUCGUGUCGAGACGGCCCAACCUGGUGAUGUCCUCGCGAUUGACAUUUACGACGUGGUCCCCUUUCCCGAUCGCAUGUGGGGCUUCUCUGCCGUGGCUCCCGGCAAGGGACCGCUCGACCACAAGGAGACGCGGGUGGCCAAGUCCAUCUGGGACUUUAACGGCAUCAAGACAACCUCGCGCCACGUCGCCGGGGUCGAGUUUGCCGGCCGGCCUCACUGCGGAGUCUUUGGCACAUGUCCUUCCUACGCGCUCAUGGACGAGUGGAACCGCCGGGAAAAGGUCUUGAACGAGAGAGAGGGUCAUGGAGAGGGCAGCACCUUUUUUGCCGAGCUUCCCAAGGAGUACGGCGCCUACGUUGGUCAAGAUCUUCCAGAGGACCUCAUGACCCGGAUUCUAAAGGAGGGCGCGAGGACCAAGCCCGCUCGAGAGCACGGCGGUAACAUUGACGCUGGCAACCUCGUCUCUGGUUCUCGAAUCUACCUGCCCGUGUAUAUCGAGGGAGCCAACCUCUCCGUGGGUGAUAUCCACUUCAGUCUCGGCGACGGCGAGCCAUCGUGCGCCAUUGAAAUGGCCGGCAUCGCCACCCUCAAGGUUGAAGUCAUCAAGAAUGGCGUCGAGCUUUUUGACAUGCGCGCCCGCAUUGUCAUCCCCAGCCCGACGGAAGUACAGUACCGCAGCCAAGUCAUCUUUCAUGGUCUUUCGGUCGAUCCAUACGGCGAGCAGCAAAAAGCCAAUGCCACGACGAGUUAUAUGCACGCUGCCAACUCGGCAAUGAACUACCUAGGCAAACUGGGUUAUUCUCAUGAGCAACUGCAAAUGCUUUUGGCUGCAGCGCCUAUCGAAGCCAAGAUCCUGGCUACGCCAAAUUAUCCACACGCCAAUGUGUCGGUUGGCAUUCCGAUCGAGAUCUUCGAGGACGACAUUCGCCCUAGUGCCAACGGCUUGGUAAAGAAGGACAGGGGGUCGUGUGCUUACAUGACUCCGGAGAAGGAAGCCGAGUGGAAGAAAACAUUCCGCGCUCCGCCUAAUUGCUACAGCACGUGCGAGGACCAGCCGUUGGCUACCAGGUUGAGAUAA